AUGGAGGAGGAUACAGGUUCAAGAUCUGCCAAACGCGGCAAGCAGCUGCCACAUCGCGAUAAUGAUUCACCAACGCCUGCAACACGAACUGAUAUGGGUGACGACUACGAUCCCCAUCAACACCGGGAAAAUCCACAUCCAACUACAGACCUGGAAACUCUGUUCCAUCUUCUUCGGCUCGGCCUCGGCACCGGAAUCCUGGCGAUGCCACAGGCCAUGUCACGGGCUGGUUUGAUAACUGGCAUCAUUGCUACGGUUCUAGUCGCCAUCCUGGUGACGCACUGUCUCCAAGUACUGAUCAGCGCUCAGUAUGCGGCCUGCCGCAUCCGCCGCGUGCCUCUCCUGUCGUACCCAGAGAGUGCUCGUGUCGCAUUCGGAAUCGGCCCGGCAAGUCUGCGGCCGCUCUCCACUCCCUCAGCAGUCGCCAUCGACUUUUUCCUCAUCACCUACCAGCUUGGCGUGUGUUGUGUCUACAUCGUGUUUAUCGCGGAUAACUUCAAGAAGUUGUGCGACCCGCUGUUCGUGGUCUCUGUCGAGAUGCACAUGCUGUUCAUAUUGCCCUUGCUGAUCGCGUUCAACAUGAUCCCCAACCUGAAGGUGCUUGCACCGUUCUCCGGAGUAGCAAACCUCGCGACCAUAGUGAGCCUGUCCAUCGUCGUGUACUAUUUACUCACCAUGGAACGGUCCACCAAGCCCUUGGACCUCUGGGGGUCGUUUGCGACAUUCCCCCUGUUCUUCGGCACUAUUGUUUUUGCGCUGACGGCUGUUGGAGUGGUGGUGACUGUAGAGAACAAUAUGAAGACCCCCAAGUCUUUCGGGCGGCCCUGCGGUGUGUUACACAUAGGAAUGUCUUUCGUGACAGUGCUGUUCAUUGCUGUCGGUUAUGUGGGCUACCUGUACUGCGUGUCGGAUUGCAGUGACGUCAUCACCCUAGAUCUACCUAGAGGCCCGGCGACAACAGUCGCUAUAAUUCUAUACGGCUACGCGAUAUUCAUAAGCUACGGUCUGCAUUGCUACGUGCCGGUAGACAUGAUAUGGAAUGAGUAUCUGCUGCCUCGUCUACAGAGGGCGUCAGCGUCGAACACGCGCUUGCGCAUCGCUGAGUACUCGUUGCGGGUGUGCCUCGGUAUCCUGACCUUUGUCGUAGCAGUAUUGGUGCCAAGAUUGGGUUUGUUCAUCUCCUUGUUCGGUGCGCUGUGCUUGUCAGCGCUGGGUUUUUGCUUCCCGGCACUCAUGGAAGCGUGCCUAUGGUGGAGACGAGAGAAGGGGUCAUCGAGGUCUCUCAUGCUUUUCAAAGACACGGUACUAUUUAUAUUGGGUCUAAUUGGACUAGUAGCGGGGACUUACACCGCCAUUUUGGGAAUCGUCCGCUCUUUCAAGUAA